AUGGCUGAUAUUUCACCCAACAAACGUCGUCGUAUGAAUGCUGAAUCGGUACUCUCACGACCAUUCAAAUCACCACUUCGUCGACCUGUUCCACCUGCGUCUUCAUGUGAAGUUCUACCAUCAACAGAAGUGAGCACCGUCCCAGUGACUGCAAACGAUGCCGUAGCAUCGACCUCCACGUCUUCCACCGUUGACAAAAAGCCCAUCUCUCGUCCUUUCCUGCCAAUGCUAAAGAAACAGCCAUCAAUUGAUCCAGAAAUGAAAGAGCUACAAAAUGAGAAACGCGAACUUGACGCACUGCUACGAAAAACACAAGAGGAUCUCGAUAUGGCACAACAAGCUUUGAAAAUCCGAUCUUCAAACAAAGUGGCAGAACUGCAAGAAGAGAUCGUCAAAUGGCGACGCAUUGCCCAUAAUGUGGCUGAUGAAGUUUUCGAAAAUGCACAAGAACGUGUGUCGAAGAUGGGCGGGAUAGCUGCUUGGAAGAAGCAAAACAAGCCUAAUGCAUCAUCGGGAUUCGGCUCAUGGGGAUUUGACGAUGACCAACUGAAACAAGAUCUUGCAGGAAACGGGGAGCAAGAUGUCGAUAUAUCGGAUCAAACCCACGAGGAAGAAAAAGAGGAAGAAAAUGAGAACGAGGAGUUUAACAUGGGAUAUAUGCUCAAGACACUCAAUAUUGAUCCCAAGGCAAUCGGCUAUGAUGUCGCCGGAGACAAGUGGAUUCGGGACUGA